AUGCAUUCUCCAGGUAAAGCCUUUGUGUUGGGCGUCCUGUUCUCGCUGCUAUCUCUCUGUUUUACUGCCAAUGCACUGAACAUCCCACCAGCAGACUCUGUGGAGAAACGAACAUCUGGCUGCAAUGCUUGCGCUAGGAGAGAUGUUGCUGCUGUGAUCAAGACAUUUUCCAAAUACUCCUCAGUUAGCAAUGAUAUCUGCGCAAAGUUAUUGCACCGCCCACCUCCCGGGACCAAAACCACAACGAAGAUAACGACAAAGACAGUCACCUCAACCUGCACAAAGCCGACGACCAUAGUUGCCAAGCAAGGAACCUCGUUUGUUAGCGUGUCGGUAACAAAGACAAAUGCCCAAAUUGAUACUGCAACAGCCACAGUGUCUGCAAUAAUUACUACCACUGCUGUAUCCACUGAAACCAAUACCGAUACCAUAACACAAACAAUCACAGCCCCUGCGGAAACCGUUACAAUUACCACCACCACCGCUGCUUAUGUGCAGAAGCGAAAUAAACAGGAUCCUUGCCUAGGCGAACUAUUCCAUGGGCUGCCUAAGGAGAUUUCCGUUAUCUUCGAAGGCGAAGCGAUACAAGCUUGUGACUGCUUUUUGAAACCACCGGUUACAGUGACUGUAACCAGCACGAGUACUGCGCAUGCUACGACCACUCUAACAGUAACAAAGUCUUCUACCAUCCUCGCAACAACGGUGACCACCACUAUCCCUAACACAAUCACUAUGCUGUCAACGUCAACUGCUACUGUUACUGCUUAUGCAACUACUACGGUGACUGGUUCUACUACGAUAACAGCAACAGGCGUUACAACUAUUACAGUUACUCCACCCAUCGCCACACAAUACGUCUAUGACACGGUUACCUAUAGCCAAAUCAGCCUCCCUUCCAACAACUGCAUUUACAAUGAAUAUUACAACUUUCCUACUGUUAACAACGACCCGACGAAUAACUAUCAGGCGGGAGUGCGAGAAUGCGAAGAUUUGUGUACUGCGGAUGCCAACUGCCAAUUCUGGUUCUUCCUUCAUUAUGAUCCCAACAAGUCCAGAGGUUAUGAUGGAUCCGCCUGCAUCAUGGAUAACGAGCCAUACAACCCAGCGUUCUUACAGUGCGGUUAUGUCGACAACUAUAACGUGGCGUAUAACAAAAAUCCUUCAUCACAAUAG